AUGGAGAUCGCAGGACAGUCGCCACAUGUGAUGCGAUCUCAUGACAAGCAUGUUUACGUGCACCCUGGAGCUCUCCCAGAGGCCACUGGCACUGACUCUGUGUGUAACCAUUUGUCGCAGCGUGCCUUGCGAGGCGCUGCUGUGGAACGUCAUGAUAUGGAAGUCAUGGGGGACUUCAUUCAAGCGAAUUCGUCGUUCUGGGAGUCGUGCUUGCGAUGUCCUAAGAUGACAAGCAUCGUCAGUAAGUUGAAAGCCAAGUCUUCUGAGAGAGUAAUCUCCAAGAAGGCAGCAGCUGGAGCGUAUCAGAGCCCUAGCACAGCGAGCUCAACUCAGAUUGGACCUACCCAAGGUAAGGGACAGACAAGGCUAGGCUUAGCCUUGAUCGUUAACAAAGUCAUGCGAAGGACUCUCAAAGGACUUAAACUCGACCAACUCGAGAUUGCACACGAUAUGACAGUCGUCCUUGCUUGA